CUCCCACACAGCUCUCUGCAGUUAAGAAGCAGCAGAUAAAUGCGUUUUUUGCAGGAGUGGGGAGAAGGUCUUAGAGGACAGGCUGCUCCUGAGAUAAGCAGGAUGCCGUGGCUAAGUGUGUCUGGGCUGGACCUAGGCUCUGUGGUGACCUCGACAUGGCAUCUUCUGCUGCUUGGAGCCGCUUCUUGGAUUUUGGCCAGAAUUCUUGCCUGGACUUACUCAUUCUGUGAGAACUGCUCCCGCCUCAGAUGUUUCCCUCAGGCCCCUAAAAGAAACUGGUUUUUGGGCCACUUGGGCACGAUCCAGAGCAAUGAGGAAGGCAUGCGGCUGGUGACUGAAAUGGGCCAGACUUUCCGAGAUAUCCAUCUCUGUUGGCUGGGACCGGUCAUCCCUGUGCUGAGGCUUGUUGAUCCUGCAUUUGUUGCCCCUCUGCUCCAGGCCCCAGCUUUGGUGGCCCCAAAGGACACGACUUUCUUACGCUUCCUGAAGCCCUGGCUUGGGGAUGGGCUAUUUCUGAGUUCUGGUGACAAGUGGAGCCGCCAUCGCCGUCUGCUGACACCUGCCUUCCAUUUUGACAUCCUGAAGCCCUAUGUGAAGAUUUUCAACCAGAGCGUGAACAUCAUGCACGCCAAGUGGAAGCACCUAUGCGUGGAAGGCAGUGUCCGUCUGGAAAUGUUUGAGAACAUCAGCCUCAUGACCCUGGACAGUCUGCAGAAAUGCCUCUUUGGCUUUGACAGCAACUGUCAGGAGUCUCCCAGUGAAUACAUUUCUGCCAUCUUGGAACUGAGCUCCCUCAUCAUAAAAAGGUCACAACAGCUCUUCCUGUACCUGGACUUCCUGUAUUACCGCACUGCUGAUGGACAGCGCUUCCGCAAGGCCUGUGACCUGGUGCACAACUUCACGGAUGCUGUCAUCAGGGAGAGACGUCGACUUCUCUCCAGCCAAGGCUUUGAUGAGUUCUUGGAGUCCAAGACUAAGUCUAAGUCUAAGACGUUGGACUUCAUCGAUGUGCUCUUGUUGGCCAAGGAUGAACAUGGGAAGGAGCUGUCAGAUGAGGACAUCCGGGCAGAGGCUGACACCUUCAUGUUUGGAGGCCAUGACACCACAGCCAGCGCACUGUCCUGGAUCCUGUACAACCUGGCAAGGCACCCGGAAUACCAGGAGCGCUGUCGUCAGGAGGUGCGGGAGCUGCUGAGGGACCGAGAGCCUGAGGAGAUUGAAUGGGACGACCUAGCCCAGCUGCCCUUCCUGACCAUGUGCAUCAAGGAGAGUCUCCGGCUGCACCCCCCAGCUAUAGACCUCCUGCGCCGCUGCACCCAGGACAUUGUGCUACCUGAUGGCCGGGUCAUCCCUAAAGGGAACAUCUGUGUCAUCAGCAUCUUUGGUAUUCAUCACAAUCCUUCAGUGUGGCCAGACCCUGAGGUCUAUGACCCCUUCCGCUUUGACCCAGAAAAUCGUCAGAAGAGGUCACCUCUGUCUUUUAUUCCCUUCUCCGCAGGGCCCAGGAACUGCAUAGGACAGACUUUCGCUAUGAACGAGAUGAAGGUGGCGGUGGCGCUGACGCUGCUGCGCUUCCGCGUCCUGCCAGAUGACAAGGAGCCGCGCCGGAAGCCAGAGAUAAUCCUGCGCGCCGAGGGCGGGCUGUGGCUGCGGGUGGAGCGGCUGAGUGGAGGGGCAUAA